AUGAAUCUAGUAAGCGUUCUCCAUUGGAAAGGCUUAGAAAACUUGGAGCCAAGAAUUUUGGGAAGGACUGAUGAUGAUCCCGUCAAAGCUGAAUAUUGGUUACAGAGUUUGAUAAGAAUUUUUAAAGAAAUGGCUUGCUCACCGGAUGACUAUUUGAGAUGUCUUGUGUCUCUGUUGAAAGAAGAAGCUUAUAGUUGGUGGGAGACGAUCGAGGUCGUGAAUGAUGAUUGGGGUAAUGAAAUACGAGAGUUCGUUGUUCGUCACGACCGUGCUCAAAAGCUUGAAGAAGUAUACAACAGAAAAAUGCAGAGGGAUCGAAAAAGUAAAGAGCCAUUCAAAAGAGGUGCUUCUAAGUCAUUUUCAGAUUUUCCGGUGAAGAAAUCUAGAGAAGAAAUUAAUCGAACUACAUCGAUUAUCGGGAGAUCGGCAGAGAUAGACCAAGACAAUCGAUUUGUGGUAUUCGAUAGACCUGUAGCAAGUGUGAGCAGUGUUCAGAAUGCUUCACGACCUAAGUGUCAAUAUUGUGGAAGAUAUCAUUUCGGAGAAUGCAGGACUAAGAUGGGGGCUUGUUAUAAAUGUGGGGCUACUGAUCAUCUUAUUCGAGAUUGUCCCUAUUGCAAAAAGAUGAAGUGGAACAGAAAGAGAUACAGAGAACCAUUCCUCAAAGAAGUAGACGUUCGGGCCAGAGCAGUGCUACAGGGACUACCCGUUCGGGUACGAGGGAAUCAGUUGGUCGAUCAGAGAAUAGAGCACCAGCACGUACCUACGCCAUUCGAGCAAGGGAAGAAGCUACGGCUCCUGAUGUAA